AACUUCCACUCCCAAUGUCCACUUCAAAUGAAUGCCUUCCCCUUCCCCUUCCUCUUCACCAUUCAAAACCCAUUUCAUAACCCCACCGCUCCGCCAUGACAAUCUUUUCUCUCCUCCUCCUCCUCCUCCUCCUCUCUCUCUCCUCCCUCGCUCAUUCUCUCACCUCCCUCUCCGAUCUCUCCGCCCUCAAAGCCUUCAAAUCCGCCGUCAAACCCUCUUCCAUCCCCCCUUGGUCCUGUCUCGCCUCCUGGAAUUUCUCCGUCGAUCCCUGCGCCCUCCCCCGUCGCACCUCCUUCUCCUGCGGCCUCCUCUGCAAUCCCGCCGCCACUCGCAUAACCCAACUCACCCUCGAUCCCGCCGGCUAUUCCGGCACUCUCUCCCCACUUCUCUCUCGCCUCACUCAAUUAACGGUUCUCGACCUCGCCGACAACUCCUUCUCCGGUCUCAUCCCCUCUGCCAUUUCCUCUCUCCCCAAUCUCCAAAUCCUCAUUCUCCGUUCCAAUUCCUUCACCGGAGUGAUCCCACCUUCAAUUUCCAACCUUAAAUCCCUCGAAUCCUUGGAUCUCUCUCACAAUUCCCUCGCCGGAAAUCUCCCCAAAUCUCUGGUUUUCCUCUCUGCUUUACGACGCCUCGAUCUCAGCUUCAAUCGACUCACCGGCUCCAUUCCAAAACUCCCGCCGAACUUACUCGAACUCGCUUUAAAACGAAAUUCCCUUUCUGGGUAUUUGGAGAAAUCGUCUUUUGUCGAGUCGACUCAAUUGGAGGUCAUCGAACUCAGUGAAAACUCGCUCGCCGGAACCUUGCCGCCUUGGUUCUUCCUCCUCCCAUCCGUCCAGCAGAUUAAUUUGGCUAAUAACAGCCUGACGCGUGUCGAGAUCUCCCCUGCUGCCGCUACGGGUAGUGACCUCGUCGCCGUCGAUUUGGGGUUCAAUAGAAUCGAGGGGAACGUACCGGUGAAUUUCGCGAGCUAUCCGGCGCUGUCGGCGCUGUCGCUCCGGUACAAUCGGUUACGUGGGACGAUCCCAUUGGAGUUCAGCCAGAUGAAGACGAUGAAGAGGUUGUACUUGGAUGGGAACUUUCUGACGGGGAAGCCGCCGGCAGAGUUCUUCUUCGGCGGCGAUCCGGUCUCCGGUAGCUUGGGGGAUAAUUGUCUGCAGGGAUGUCCACAGUCGUCUCAGCUGUGCGCUCCGUCGCAGAAGCCGAACGCUGUUUGCAAGGAAGCGUACGGAAGCGGGAGGGGAAAAGGAAAACCGAUGACCUGAAAUCCGACAUGUCGUCCAUUAAAUUAAUUAUAUAGUUUUUAUUUGUUUAUUAUUUUUUGCAUUUUACGAUGAAUCUCGGCGACAUAUAAUAAAAUGUGCUUUGGGCUUUGUAUA